AUGUGGAUGUUACAUUGUGAAUUAAAUGAAUCAAAACCAUUUCAUAAAUUAGAUGAUGAGAUUCAAACAUUUAUUCGACAACGUCGUCCAAAAUUACAAACAGAUACACGAAUGAGUAUAUUAAGUCAAGGAGAAGAAGAUAAUAGACGGGCUGCGUUACGAUCAAAUCGUAAUGUUCGUAUGAGUAUUGAUCAUGGUGCACAGCGAUCUAAAACUAGUAUUGUGGAAUUAUCACCUGAUCAAGCACAUACGUCUGCUGAAGAUUUAUCAACUGCUCGAGAACCAUCACGAGUGUCAUUAGCACCUUUAUUUCAUGGUAUAAAAAAAACAUUAUUACUAUGUCAAAGAAGACUAAAAAAAAAAACAAAACUAAUGCGAAAAUAUGAAAUAACGCCAGUGAGAAGUAUGGCAGAUGUUGAUGCCGAAUUGGCUCUUCUUCAAAGACGUUUUGAUAGUUUAGAAAGAAUUAUGGAUGAUAGAAUGAAGCUUUGA